CCGAGCCGUGCCGUGCCGAGGAGAAGGGGUUCGGCCGGCGGUGGCGAGUGGGAGCCGGAGCCGCAGCCGCCCGCGGGCAGGGAGCGUCGCGCCGCCGCCAUGUCCCACUCGGUGGUCCUGCGCGGCCCCUCGCCGUGGGGCUUUCGCCUGGUGGGCGGCAAAGACUUCAGCGCCCCGCUGACCAUCUCCAGGAUUAACCCCGGCAGUAAAGCAGCCAUGGCAAACCUGUGCGCAGGAGAUAUUAUUCUGGCAAUUAAUGGAGAGAGCACGGAGAACAUGACACACCUGGAAGCUCAAAACAAGAUCAAAGCAUGCAUGGACCAACUGCUGCUUUCCCUGAACAGAACUGAAGGGAAGACCUGGUCACCCCCUGUUCUGGAAGAUGGCAAGGCUCAAGCGUACCGGAUCAACGUAGAGCCGGAGCCACAGGACAACGGGCCUGCCCAGAGCAGGAGGCCAGUGCCCCACGGGGCUGGUGGCAGCCCUAUGGACAACAAGCAGAUGUUGAAUGUGCAGCAUCACCACCCAACCCGGCUCUACGCUAACAGCAGCUCCGAGUCAGCUCUGCCAGGCCAGCUGAGCGGGCUGCACAUCACCCCGGCCCAGAGCGUUGACCCCAUGAAGUCUCUCCCACGGAACAGAAACGGGAUUGAUGUGGAGUCGGAUGUCUACAAGAUGCUUCAGGAUUAUGAAAAGCCCGUUUCAGAGCCUAAGCAGUCUGGAUCCUUCCGAUACUUGCAGGGCAUGUUGGAGGCUGGCGAGAACGGUGAAAAACUCGACAAACUGAGCAACCCUCGAAACAUCAAGUCGCCGGUGUCAAAGCUUGGCGGUGCCAUGUCCGGGCUGCAGAUGCUUCCCGAGUGCACCCGCUGCGGGAAUGGGAUUGUCGGCACGAUCGUCAAAGCUCGGGACAAGCUCUACCACCCCGAGUGCUUCAUGUGUGACGACUGCGGCCUCAACCUGAAGCAGAGAGGGUAUUUCUUCAUCGAAGAGCAGCUGUACUGCGAGACGCACGCGAAGGAGAGGGUGAAGCCCCCUGAGGGAUAUGACGUGGUGGCUGUUUAUCCCAACGCUAAAGUUGAACUUGUCUGAGCCCGGGCUGUGCUCCGGAGAGGGCGGGCGGCCACGCGCCCACCCACGUCCUCCCCGCCGGCUGCGCAGUGCGGCUGUAAUCAACCCCGAUUACCAAAGCCCAAGUUAAAAUGCCUUUUCCUAGAUAAAUCCGUUUACACUUGGGAUCUCCAGGGGGAUGGUGUUGAAAGCAUACGAACAGGUUUUUCCCUUCUUUUUGACACUCUGCUUUUUGGGUUGCUGUGUUGGGUUAUUAUUAGUCUGUACCAUAACCUUAUCCAAGAUCUGUGUAAAUAUUGAUUAAUUCUCUACUCUAUUUCAUAUAAAACCAGUAUUCUUUUUUUUGCCCCUCUCUCCUGAAAAAGCAAGGAAGAUGUUUUAAAAACAAAGAAGAUAAGGCACUUUCAGAAAAGAAGCUGACUCCCGUAUCCUGACCUUAAUCUCCUGCCCUCUGGCUGCCCUGGUGAUUAAAAGCUGACUCCCUGAGGAGUCUGGGGUGCGGUACCAGUGGGUUGGGGUCCCCAGCUCAGCCCCACCCCAGCAGAUGCACCAAGGAAGGGUGAUCUCUUAGAACAGUAAUUGCUGUGAAACUGUAUGGAUCGGGGCACUGUAGUCUGAGCCUGACCUGGACCCAUCCGAGUUCCCCGAGAGAUCUCUACACUGAGUGUGCAGUGACACUUUUUUCUUCCUUCUGCCACUCCUAAUUCAGUUGUUCUCUGUCAUGUAAUCACCUGAGCCCACCUACAAGAGGCACUGAAAUAGCACAGAGCCCACCUUUGCUAUUCUCACCUCCCAUGCUCCUGCCCCACAGCUGUCCUUGCUUCAGCUGUUCUGAAUCUUCCCCAGCUUUUGCUAUGUUUUUGUAGUCCUUUAUUUCUAGAUCCCCAGACUGCUGCCAUCUGGCUCUGCCUCCCAGCAGGGUGGUGGGGAGAAAAUCUCUCCAGGCACUUAGGCAGUGGCUGGAGCCGCAGUGAGCCCCAAGUCCAGAGGCAGCAGGUUCAGAUUUAUACCCGUAUCCCAAGGCUGCGCCAUCAGCCAGGUCUGUCAUCCACUCUAUUUGACAGGAAAAAGUUCUUGAGGAUCUCAGGAUGUUGCUUUCUGGAGAAAUGUUUUUUUCAUGUUAGUGUUUGGAGGAGAGUUCAGUCACCCAGCUGCUGGGUGCCCCUGAGGGUGGCAAUCAGAGGCAUGCGUUUGGUACCAUGGUUGCAACAGCGUCCUUCCUCCUCCUCGCUUGAGAGAGAGAGGAUGUGCGGGAGAAGUGUCUGCUCACUUCCCUUCCAUGGAGAAGGAAAAUAAGAUCAAUGGGGCCAAAGCCCUCCUUCCCCUUCUGGCUCUCCAUAACAGGGAUGUGAGGAAUCCAGGGCUGGAGGAGGGGCGGCAGCAUUAUCCCAGUCGGGGCUGAGCAUGCAAAUUCUUCCUACAGGUUUUACACCCUAGAAGGGAGUAAGGAUUUUAGGGUGUUACUGGGCCACACCUAGACCUCUUCGUGAGGUGCCUUAUAGGUAUUGAAGCAGCUCCUGCCCCGUCCCGGCAGCCUCCUUAGCCAGCCUGGGCUCCCAAGCAUGCAGCUUCCUGCAGCUGGGUACUACCUUGCAGCCACAGGGAUGCUGGCCACACGCGGUCCUGCUGACAGCAGCACAUCCACCUCCUCCUCCUCCUGCCACCAGGAUUUUUAAUAAUUAAGCACAAGAAACACGUGGAGAUUUUUAUCACAGUGGUGAGCCUCAUUUUUCAUAGCUUUGCUUGGUAGGUUGGACCAUCUGAAAGGAAAUACUUGGGACAACUGUACAUGAUGAGAAGACUGACAGUAAUUGGGUGGGAAGCGUUGCUGCCCCUGCCUGCGGGUGUCUGCUUGGAGCUUGUUACUUUGCUGUGUCAGAAACAUUUGUUCUGAAUUCCUCCGUCAACCUUGGGCAUAGCUGGGCUGAGCUCUGGUGCUUGUAGCUUGACAAGUUUAGGCUUUACCCAAACCCAGGACCAAAUCCGGCUCAGCUGAGCCAUGAAAAACUCACAACAUGAAUGGCACAGGGGGCUUUUUCCAUUUUCCCGGUCGCAGCUGCCUGUCCAUCUGGUUGUCCCCAGCUCCUGACCCCUGUUUGACUCCAUCUGUGCAGUGGCUGUGUCCUGCGGGGAUGCCAGGAGUCUUGCAGCCCUGGCACAGGGAAUGCCUGAGAAGUUCAUAGAUUGUUUCAUUGUCCUUAGUUGAACGCCCAACUGAGCUGGCUGCUGGUGGGGCAUCCUUGGUGGUCUCACCUGGCUGCUGCACCAGUACAGCACUGGGAGCGCUGGGCACAGGGCUUUCCUUUUAAUUUGAAACCAGGUUCCCACAAAUCAAUUUUUCCAAGUGGUUGUCUCGUGAUACCAUUUCUUAGGAGUAAUCAUCUCAUUUGAUCCCCCCUGCGUUGAAACUGAAACACAACCCCAUCCCAGAGCACGUCAACUCCUGGCUUCAGGCCACCUCCCUCACAUUAUGGAGUUUUCUAAGAGGUGCCACAAGCAAACCUGCAUCACCACAUGGAACACAAUUUAACUCUGUAAAACACAGCAAGGGAUCCGUUUGUAUGAAAUACAAAAUAAAACUGUACUGUUGGUUUUCUGCCCACAUUACUUAGCUUGGCCGUUGGCUGGUCCCCAGCUGGGUCUCUCCCUGGCAUUACCAUACAUGCGGGGCUUUGUCAGCAUCCAGAUAAGGGGAAGUCUGGAUACACUUUAAAAAGCAUCUCUGAGACUGGGAGCUGCACUUCUCAUGGCAUUGUGCAUUGAGAGCCUCGGUUGAGGCUUGGCUUGUGUUUUGGUGGAACGUUGGUUGGCUUUGACUUAACUUACGAGACCCUCCUGAGACCCUGAAUCCCAUUGGGCUCAGAGGUGGGAAGGGCCAUCAUGUCUCUGCCUGUUACGCGAACACCCAUGGGUGCCCGGCUCCUCUCCAUCGGUGUGACCCAGCCCAUCCUGCGAUGGUCCAGGGCUUUACUGCAUCUGCCCCUGUGUAAGUGAAGUCAAUUCAGUUUUUUAGCAGCAGCAGCCAGCCGCGGUGCUGCUGCCAGGUACCUUCUGCCCGAUGGCCCAGGCUCUGACCGGAGCAGAAGGCGCAGCUCUGCAGGGCUGGGCAUGGCACCUGCCCCAUCGCUGGCAGAGCGAUCCAGGCAGCACCCAGGCUUGAAAGCGCCCUUCUCCCUAAAGGUGAUGUAAACCAUGGUACAGCCAUAAGCAAUGAGUGCUCCUGAAAAUCCCCGUGCACGGCAUCGGCUGCGGUGCUGCUCAGGCUCUUUCCCUAAGUGCUGCAGCCCCGGCAGGGAGCCCAGAGCUGUGGCACUGGCACAGUGGGGGCAAAACCAGCCCCAAAAGCCCUGUCCCAGCCUGUCAUUGCUGACAUUGAACCACAGAAAUCCACUGGGUGGUAGGAGCAUGGGCAUCAGCAGGCAGAGGGUGCGUUCAUCAGGGUUUAGCAGCUGUACCAUUGCCUGCGCCGCUGGGUCUCAACAGGUCUGGGUUUAAUGGUUGAUGGGUGUUCAAUUCACUGCCACACGGGGAAGUCAGAAGCAGCAUGAGUUAGGUGCCUCCAAUAGAUAUUUAAUCUAAAAGGUUUUAUUUGGAAAGCAUUCAUAUCUGGAAAUUGUUGCUUGUACGCGCCUAAAAUAACUGAAAAGACAAAGCCUCUGAGGAUCCGCAUGUGGCAUUAAAGAUUUCUGUACAGUU